AAUGCAGGCCAAAACAUUAGAAAGCUUGUCAAGGAUGGUUUUAUCAUCAGGAAGCCAACCAAGAUUCACUCACGAUCCCGUGCAAGGAGGGCACUGGAGGCAAAGAGAAAAGGGCGGCAUUCUGGAUAUGGUAAGCGCAGGGGUACAAGAGAAGCUAGGCUUCCGACUAAGGUACUUUGGAUGCGUAGGAUGCGAGUUCUCAGGCGGUUACUGCGUAAGUACCGUGAGUCGAAGAAGAUUGACAAGCACAUGUACCAUGACAUGUACAUGAAAGUGAAAGGUAAUGUCUUCAAGAACAAGAGGGUGCUGAUGGAAAGCAUUCAUAAAUCCAAAGCUGAGAAGGCAAGAGAGAAGACCUUAUCCGACCAGUUUGAAGCUAAACGAGCCAAGAGCAAGGCCAGCAGAGAAAGGAAGAUUGCCAGGAGAGAGGAACGCCUGGCUCAGGGGCCUGGAGACGGAGCACCUGCUGCGCAGCAACCUGAGGCUCCAAAGAAAGCUAAGAAGUAGAGGCACACACCGACAUUGCUGUUUCUAUUCUGAAUCAUUACUCGCUCGCAGAAUGGAAGCAUCAGCAAGCGGAUGAUUGCUAAAAAAAAAGAAAAAAGAGAAUCGUAGAAGCUUUUAUUUCAGUCAUUCUGAGUUUGCUAGUUGGAUAAUCAUGUGUGCUACACACCUCACUGAUGAUGGGUGUUACCAUAUUUUGAUCGCCUAGAAACAUCGAUCACUCUCUCUCUUUUUUAUGUUUUUGAUAAGAUUGUCGUCUAUUGUUAAAUAAGAGUCGAGAGAUGGUGGCUAUGGUCCUUCGAACUGAUAAAACUAUGCCGAUAUCUUUGUUAGGGGAGUGAUUUUAACCACAUAAAGUGUUUGCGUGGCAUAGAUUAGUGUUUUUGUCAUCAAUAUGUUAUGCACGCAAGAAGAACCAUAAUCAAAACCCGUUCUUUUGAGCCCAUA